GCUGCGGCGGCGGCGGCAGGCAGGCAGGCAGGCUGAGCGGGGAGGGAGGGGAGAAACGGGCGGGCUUAUUAUGGGCUGUGGGUGCCGCUGCUGCUGAGCAAGAUGGAGCUGUCUGCAGUGGGGGAGCGCGUCUUCGCGGCCGAAUCCAUCAUCAAGCGGCGGAUCCGAAAGGGGCGCAUCGAGUACCUGGUGAAAUGGAAAGGCUGGGCCAUCAAGUACAGCACUUGGGAACCCGAAGAGAACAUCCUGGACUCCCGACUUAUUGCAGCCUUUGAACAGAAGGAACGAGAGCGUGAGCUGUAUGGACCCAAGAAGAGAGGACCCAAGCCUAAAACUUUCCUCCUGAAGGCUCGGGCCCAAGCGGAGGCCCUACAUAUUGGGGAUGUACACUUCUCUGUCAAGCCUGGCUCUAGCACUUCGUCACCCAAGCUGCAUUCCAGCGCUGCAGUGCAUCGGCUCAAGAAAGACAUCCGUCGAUGCCAUCGCAUGUCCCGACGCCCUCUUCCCCGCCCAGACCCCCAGAAUGGCGGGGGUGUGGGUGGGGGGGCUGGCAUACGUCCUCCAGUGUCACCUUUCUCGGAGACCGUCCGCAUCAUCAACCGCAAGGUGAAGCCUCGUGAGCCCAAACGCAGCCGCAUCAUCCUCAACCUGAAGGUCAUUGACAAGGGUGGAAAGGCUGCGAGUGGGGGAGGGGGCCUGGCCCGGCCAAAGGUCCCCUCACGAAACCGCGUCAUCGGCAAGAGUAAGAAGUUCAGCGAGAGCAUCCUCCGCACCCAGAUACGCCACAUGAAGUUCGGCAACUUCUCGCUGUACAAUAAGCCGUCCACUGCACCAGCCACGUCUCUGGAGGGCAAGAUGGAGGCAGGGGGCUCACAAGGUGCCUCCUGUGGGUUGAUCAUGGGCUCCACCCCCUACGAUGCCCACAGCUCCAGCUCCUCUGGCUGUCCCUCCCCUACCCCUCACUCCUCCUCCGACCCAGACGAUUCUCCCCCAAAGCUGCUCCCCGAGACCCUAAGCCCUGCCAUUCCUGACUGGCGUGAGUCGGAGGUCCUUGACCUGUCGAUCCCACCAGAAUCAGCAGCCACCAGCAAGCGCUCUCCCCCUGGGGGAUGUGCUGGGGGCCAGACGCCCUCAUCAUCCCUCUCCUCUUCUGACCCGGAGCAGGAGGCUGGCGACUGGCGCCCUGAGAUGUCCCCCUGCUCCAAUGUGGUAGUCACAGAUGUCACUAGCAACCUCCUGACUGUCACCAUCAAGGAGUUCUGCAAUGCAGAGGAUUUUGAGAAGGUGGCAGUGGGAGGGGGAGGAGGAGGAGGAGGUGGUGGCAGCAAGUGAGAAGCUGGAUCUCUGCUUCGGGGGGUGGGGGAGGCUCUGCUGCAAGAAGUCAUGGUGUGAAUGGCUGUUGUUAGUUUUCUCCUGCUCUCCCCCCUUCCCUGGUUCUUUUUCUUUCUGCUCAGAGACUGGGGUGGGAGUUGGAGGGCAGAGGUGUCUGAAGUUCACAGAUGUCAGAGCUGUGAGGGGUUGAGCUGGAGGAUGCUCAUUUGUCUUCAAAGAACAUAGUCUCAAGUCGGGGGUGGGGGACAGAGGUGUGUAUGUUGGGGCUGGGUAGGGAAGGAUUCCUCCCCCUCUCCAUCAUUUGUAUAGGGGAGCUCUUGCUAUUGGAGAGAUGCAUAAGGCAUUUGAAAGGGGCUGUGCCCCCUCUACCUUCCCCCUCUGCUCUGCACUGUGUACACACUCUCUUCCAGUUCUUCACCUCACCUUCUUCCAGGGCAGCUUUGAUCCUUUCCUCUCUCCAUGGCAUGGAUUGGCUGUCUCUUACGAUCCAGCUUCAGUAGCUCUGGCUGUAUCUUUGGGAAAGGGACACUAUCGAAGCAGGGAGAGAUCAGAAGGUAAAGCAUCAGGGCUAAAAUGAGACUGCAAUGGAGCUAGAGUAGGGGGUUGCACCCCUACAACACAUGCCCCAGGCUCACUUCCUUCUUGCUUUUACUAUUGGUGCUAACUUGGCAGUUGUAUGGGCACUUUGAGACCACCUGAGCCCUUCCUCCUCCCUUCUGCACCUUCCCUUGCAGAUCUUCCAGUCUGCUUAGUUUUGUUGGGCGUGUCACUUCCAGCCUAGAUCUUCCUCCUUGUGUUCAUCACAUGCACUUGAUUGGGUCUGAGGGCAUGCCAUACCCUUCCUAACCCUUUUCUUAGUGGAAGUGGGAAAGCCACCCAUAAGUAAGUCAAUUCAGGAGGAGCAGUGGCGUGGCAUGACACUACCUCAGCAGGAUGAGGUCAGCAGGUCUGUCUUACCUCCUAGGGAAAAUAGAAGUCUUGGCUCCACUAAAUCACUGCAUGAGCCUUGUGUGUGGGAAGGAAGAUUUGCUACUCUUCCUGCUCAGUUUGAUCUCUCCAACCCACCCACCAGAAAGAGGGUUCUCCUCAGCUGUUUCCAGGAUCUGAAAUUGCCUCUACAAUUGUCAACCAAAGGUGCUAAGAACCUGUUGUAAGAAUUACUGUGUCUUCUAUGGUUGUGUGUGUGUGUGCGCGCGUGUUUGCCUCUCUUCUCUUCCCCCCCCCCACCCCCCCCGCCC